CUCAGACUCUAUUCAUAACAAGCAAUGCAGGUAUAUCCCAUUAAAUGCACAUCCAUGACAUCUAACUACCUAUAACAUGUAUUAGUACUUUUUCUAUAAUGUUGAAGUUUAAACUUUAACAUUUAACAAUAGGCAAACUGAAAGUAAGGAUGGAUGGAAAAUAGAUAAAUCCCAAUACACAGAUGUACAUGUGGCCAAUACACAACGUAAUAAAUUUAACACAGUCAGCAUAUAAGUAAUUUCAAGAUGUAUGUAAAAGAAAGACACCGGCAAGAAUUACAGAACCAGGGCUACACUGUAAUAAAGAAUGUUGUCACGGAAAAACAAUGUGAUAAAUGGAUAGAUGAAUAUAAAGUUUGGUUAUCCCAAUUUAAAGAGGACGAAUGGCCAUUCACCGCACAUUCACUGCUUCAAAGAUACAAUACUGGCAAUUUUGAAACCACGUGGAAAGCUCGCUUGGCAACACAGAAAGUUUUCAGCGAAUUAUGGCACACAGAAAAACUUCUGACAAGUAUUGACGCCAUUGCUAUUGGACGACCACCUGAAACAAGCGACGAAGACUUUUUACGUCCGGGCCAACACUGGUUGCAUUGUGACCAGGAUGCACAGCGAAUAGGUCUCCAUGCGUACCAAGGCGGCCUGUACUUGGAGACUGCCGAUGAAGAUGAUUGGACUUUCCAUGUGUUAAAAGGUUCACACGCAUUCAUCGGUGAGUUUUAUAACAUAAAUAAAAAGGCGGCUUUCAGAAGUAGUUUGAACAAAUAUUAUCACAUGAAAGAUGAAAAUAUUGAGUGGUUUGAAGCAAAAGGUUGCAAACAGGCUAGAGUAGCAGCUCCUAAAGGGGGAAUGGUGUUAUGGGACUCAAGAUUAAUUCAUGCAAAUGUAAGACCUGUUGAAGGUCGUAACAAUCCUGAGCGAUGGCGUUUUGUUGUACUGUCUUGCAUGGGUCCUGCAAUUUGGGCGUCUAAAAAAGACAUUGAAACAAAAAGAGGCGCUUACAAUUCUGUCGCGAUGACAACACAUUGGCCUUGUCAAGGGGUCAAUAUGAUGAAGUCACAAAUCCCAUCGUUUUGUCGGAGUGAUGUCACCAUGCCAACAGAACAUUGUGAAACUGCAAAAUCAAAAACGGCAAAGGAACUAUGUGGUGUUUAUUCAUAUAAUUUUAAGGAUGAAAAAAGUAAUGGACCUAACUGGACACCCGAAUGGGGAGAGGAACUCAGUGUUCCAAAUGACAAAAUGGCUAAUUCUAAAUUCCAAAUUAACAGGACGUACGUGGCUGUGUUUGUUUUAUCAUUGGUUGUAGUAUUCAUUGCUUAUCGGUUUACAAAUUAAUUAUGCACAUAAUUAAUUUGACAAAAGAUAAAUAAAACUUAACAUAUGAUUUUUGUGAAUUAUUAAGCUGCAUAUAUUUGAAAUAUUAUACUGAAUGAAAAACCCACACGUUGUUACAGUAAUAACACGAAUAAUCAAUUUGAUUUUCAAAUUUUCUUUGUUAUACGGUAAUUAUUAAAAAUAAUUUAUGUAUUAAUUUGUAAUAUUUUAUUUUGUCGUUUUUGAUUGAUUUAUUAAUUUAUUUGUUAUCAAUGUUAUAUUAUUAUAAUUUAACCUUUUUGA